GGCCCUGGCUGCCAUCUUGCGGCGCGCGGGAUCCCCUUGCUGCCCGCCUAGAAGCAAGGUUGGAACGAAAGGGUGUCCUGGUCAGUCUGCCUUGCCGUCACCACUAGCCCUGUUCUGGCUGCCCACUCCCAACUCUAGGCCCAUGAACUGAGCCGACGCCUGCGGCCCGACUCUCCUCAGCCCUCUCCCCGGCGCCCAGCUACUGCGAAGCGGAGUUCCCGGGCCCCUUGCCUCUUUGCCGGCCGCGAUGCCGAACGUGCAGCUGCCGCCCAAGGAGAGUAAUCUCUUCAAACGCAUCUUGAAAUGUUAUGAACAGAAGCAGUACAAAAAUGGCCUCAAGUUCUGCAAGAUGAUUCUUUCGAACCCAAAAUUUGCGGAACAUGGAGAGACUUUGGCUAUGAAAGGAUUAACAUUGAACUGUUUAGGAAAAAAAGAAGAAGCUUAUGAAUUUGUUCGUAAAGGACUUCGUAAUGAUGUCAAGAGUCAUGUCUGUUGGCAUGUAUAUGGACUCUUGCAGCGUUCUGAUAAGAAGUAUGAUGAAGCUAUUAAGUGUUACCGAAAUGCUCUUAAAUUAGAUAAAGAUAAUCUGCAGAUUUUGAGGGAUCUCUCUCUCUUGCAGAUCCAAAUGCGAGACCUUGAAGGUUACCGAGAGACAAGGUAUCAGCUUCUUCAGUUGCGUCCAACACAACGUGCUUCCUGGAUUGGCUAUGCUAUUGCAUACCAUUUGCUGAAAGAUUAUGAUAUGGCACUAAAACUGUUGGAAGAAUUUAGACAAACUCAGCAGGUUCCUCCCAACAAAAUAGACUAUGAGUAUAGUGAACUGAUAUUAUAUCAAAAUCAAGUGAUGAGAGAGGCAGAUCUAUUUCAAGAAUCCUUGAAUCAUAUAGAAAUAUAUGAGAAACAAAUAUGUGAUAAACUUUUGGUGGAAGAAAUUAAAGGGGAAAUGCUGUUGAAAUUGGGAAGAUUAAAAGAAGCUGGUGAAGUAUUCAAAAACUUGAUUGACCGGAAUGCAGAAAAUUGGUGUUAUUAUGAAGGCUUGGAAAAAGCUCUACAGCUCAGCACUUUAGAAGAGAGACUUGAAAUUUAUGAAGAAAUUAGCAAGCAGCAUCCCAGAGCAAUUUCACCUAGAAGAUUACCUUUGAAUCUUGUCCCAGGUAAUUUUAGGAGACUAAUGGAUAAGUUCCUGAGGGUUAACUUCAGUAAAGGCUGCCCACCCUUGUUUACUUACUUUGAAUCUUUAUAUUACAAUACAGAAAAGGUUUCUAUAAUCCAGGAACUUGUUACCAAUUAUGAAGCCUCUCUUAAAACAUAUGACCUUUUUAAUCCUUAUGAGUAUGGGGAAAAGGAACCUCCAACGACAUUACUGUGGGUUCGAUAUUUCCUGGCACAGCAUUUUGAUAAACUUGGACAAUAUUCUUUGGCCUUGGAUUAUAUUAAUGCUGCAAUUGCUAGUACUCCAACUCUAAUAGAAUUAUUCUAUAUGAAAGCAAAAAUAUACAAGCAUAUAGGCAAUCUCAGAGAAGCUGCAAAGUGGAUGGAUGAGGCACAGUCUUUGGACACAGCUGAUAGAUUCGUCAAUUCCAAAUGUGCAAAAUAUAUGCUUCGAGCAAAUAUGGUAAAAGAAGCAGAGGAGAUGUGCUCCAAGUUCACAAGGGAAGGAACAUCUGCCAUGGAAAAUCUAAAUGAAAUGCAGUGUAUGUGGUUUCAGACAGAGUGUAUUUCAGCUUAUCAGCGUUUGGGGAAAUAUGGGGAUGCCUUGAAAAAAUGCCAUGAGGUAGAAAGGCACUUUUUUGAGAUAACUGAUGAUCAAUUUGACUUCCAUACAUACUGCAUGAGAAAGAUGACCCUUCGUGCCUACGUUGACCUUUUGAGAUUAGAAGAUAUACUCAGAAGACAUGCCUUCUAUUUCAAAGCUGCCAGAUCAGCGAUUGAAAUAUACUUGAAAUUGUAUGAUAAUCCCUUAAGUAAUGAGAACAAACAACAAGAUACAAACUCAGAAAACCUGUCAGCCAAAGAACUGAAGAAAAUGCUUAGCAAACAGAGAAGAGCUCAGAAAAAGGCUAAAUUAGAAGAAGAGAGAAAGCAUGCAGAAAGGGAACGUCAACAAAAAAAUCAAAAGAAGAAGAAAGAUGAAGAAGAUGAAGAAUCCAGUGGUCUCAAGGAAGAACUUAUACCUGAAAAAUUAGAAAGGGUAGAAAAUCCAUUAGAAGAAGCUAUCAAGUUCCUUAUACCUCUUAAGAAUCUUGUUGCUGAUAAUAUUGACACUCACCUGUUAGCAUUUGAAAUAUAUUUUAGAAAAGGAAAGUUUCUGUUAAUGUUGCAGUCUGUUAAGCGAGCUUUUGCCAUCAACUAUAAUAACCCAUGGUUACAUGAAUGUUUAAUUAAAUUUUCUAAAUCUGUGGCUAAUCAUAGUAAUCUUCCAGACAUUGUGAACAAAGUUCUAUCUCAAGAAAUGCAGAAAAUAUUUGUCAAAAAGGAUUUGGAAAGUUUUAAUGAAGAUUUUCUUAAAUAUAAUGCUGCCUCUCUUAAGCAUCUACUUUCAGGUGCUAAAAUGAUGUAUUUUCUGGACAAGUCAAGGCAAGAGAAAGCAAUUGGUAUUGCCACUAGACUGGACGAAACUAUAAAAGAUAAAAAUGUAAAGACUUUAAUAAAGGUUUCUGAAGCACUCCUUGAUGGCAGCUUUGGGAACUGUAAUUCCCAAUAUGAAGAAUACAGGUCAGCCUGUCAUAAACUGUUUCCUUUUACAUCUGCUUUUUUGCCUGCGGUGAGCGAAGUCAACAGUCAUAGUGCAGCACUAAAUCAUACAGCUAUUAACUAUGAUGUCGUGGCAAAUGAAAUUUGAAAUCCCAUAAAACAUUGGCUCCUUUAGACUCAAGGAUGAAUUCAGAUCAGGAUUUAUUUUCCAGGGUGCAUUUUAAUGAAAUGAAAUGAAAUAUUUGGGUAGAAUCUUUUAAUUCUGUAAGCUUAUUCUAUUUUUUAGCUGACUCUUGCCAAUUUACAUAAAUGUCUGUUAAAAUUGCUUGUUUAUACUUUGUAUAGUUUUUCUUAAACUCCCAAAUUAUUAGCAUUGUGGUAAAUACUGUCACUUCUAUAACAUAAAUAUGAUAGUUUCUUUUUAAGUUAAGCUGUAUACAGUGCCACUCUUUAUUUUCUUUAGAUCCUGGUUUCAAGAUAUGUUUUAAUUCCUUGUUUUAUUGGUAUGUUUUAUUGUUGUUUAUUUGUUUGCUUGUUUAAAUUAAAGCAUACCAGUUUUUAAAGUGUUAACUCUCUGUUAAUAUAGAAUCUGUCUUGGCAGAUACAGAGGUGGGUUUUAAAUGUACUUUAAUGUGCCCCCUUUCCAUAUAAUUUUUUGUGUUUUACCAUUUCCUUGUAAUAUCCAUGAAAAUGAGACUUUCUGAUUGAGUAAGGGACUCCAGUUUUAAUGUAGAUGAUUCAGGAUGUGAGGAUUGAUUUAUCUCUCAAUUGUGGAAAUUCACUGGCUAAUUUAUUGUCCCACAGGCAAAUACUGUACUUUCUUGCCAUAUUAACAGAUAAUUUAUAUCUGAAUUAUAUCUGAGGGGAGUGCUUCAAGAGAGCAUAAUAGGGUAGAAUACAAAUUAUACUGAAACAUGAUCUUACUCUUAGAGCCAUGUAUUAACUACUAAAUGCAUUUUAUAUCCCUCAGCAAAAUGAGAGUUUAAACUAUCAUUAGUUUAACUAAUAAAACUUUAUAUUGUUGAACAAUAAUUUUUUUGGGGGGAUAGCUUUUUGUUCUGUCUUGUACAGAAAACAGUAAAGUAUCAUUCAAUAUGUUUGUGUUUCUUUCAAACCCUGUAAAUAUGCUUGUAAUAUUAAUGCUUCCUUUUAAGGCAAAUAUAAAUUCAAAAAGGGAAAUUUUAUUUAGACAAACAAUUCUAAUUAAGAUGGUUUUCCAUUGCCCUAAUCUAUUUAGAUCCAUAAUUGUUAAGAAAAAAAAAAAUCUCACUGUAAAAUAAUGCCAACCUGUAUAAUGCUGUAAUAAAUUAUUUUGUACACAGUUGC